AUCGAUUCCCAGUGCGCAGCCGAUCACUCGUUCAGGUGUCUCAUGAGUUCUAUUUUCAAAGCGGUCCGAGAUAAUGAUGUAGAAACCAUCAAUAACUAUAUUCUUCUCGCCUUGGGUGAGCCGAUCCGAAAUCUGGGCUUCGCAAAAGAGGAUCAGCGACGAUUGCAACGAUACUUCAAGUCUGCAGGAUGCAAGCGAUUUGACAUUAAUAAGCGAUCCAUUCUCGGCCGAACCGCCCUGCACUGCGCUGCCAGCUGGAAUCGCAUAGAGAUCACCAAAGCACUUAUGGCAUGCCCUCUCGUUGACGUUAACAUACAAGAUCGCGAAAAUGGAUGGACAGCUUUGCACAGAGCCUUAUAUGAAGGAAAUCUCGAAAUUGCGAUGUUUCUGAUCAAGCAUGACGAUAUCGAUCUGAAUAUCAAGGACAGCGAAGGCUUAGGAGCAUUCGAGCUCUUGACGACUGAACCUAUGCAUGACACUUUGACUGAAAAUCUAGUCAACGACUCGGACGACGAUGAUGAUUCAGUCCACACUCCAGACAUCGAUGUUAUGGGUGCCAAAGAUAUUUAUUCGUGGGGCGUCAAUACCAAUUACGUGCUCGGUCAACGGGAUUCUGAAAAUCGAACGUUUCCCGAACGGGUGCCACUUGAACCAGAAAGGCAAUUUUUGAGUUCUUACGACACAUCACGACCUUAUUCAUACAAGUCCGUCUACAUGUCAAAAUUUCAUAUGGCAAUCAUUACAAACGAUCGGUUACACAAUUUCUUUGUUUGCGGCUAUGGUCGAGGUGGCCGUCUCGGUACGGGCAAGGAAAUCGAUACCCAACUCGUCCCUAUUCCAAUUUUGCCAAAGGAGCACAUUGUUACAGCCGCACUUGGUCGUGACCAUACCAUUGCUGUGUCUGGGUCCAAUGAUAUUUUCACUUUCGGUAGCAACCAAUUUGGCCAACUAGGCUACGAAAUUGGCGGCGAUCAUAUGCAGCUUGUGCCACGUAAAGUCCAAAUUCCUGGCUGGAAGCGCAUGUCUUUUACAGGGGCCGCUGCGUCGAGCGUGCAUUCGGUGGUGUACAGCGGUACCGAAGUUUACACCUUUGGUUUAAACCAAGGACAGCUAGGCUAUCAUGCCGAUGAUGAAAAGCUUCAAGUUACGCCACGUAAGGUGGCCUUUUCAUUUCCAUCCAUACGACAAGUAGAAGCAACAGAUUAUGCCACCGUCGUUUUAACGGAUCAUGAUGUCUAUGUCCUCAGCGAUUAUCAGAUGAAAAAAAUGAUAUUCCCGAUCGCCCGCUUUCCCCCGGAUAUUGUCGUUCACGGUACUCAAAGGCACACCAUCACCAAACUGUUGGUCGGAACGGGUGAUUAUAUGGGUGCGAUAUCCAACCAAGGCGAUGUAUACGUAUGGACAUGUAAACCAAAUACGUCACGUCAGGCAACGGUAACAGCCUCCUCCAAAAAAACCGACGUAUCUGUCGUCGUUGGCGAACCCGUGCGAGUAUGGACUUGCGGGAAAAAGCGAAUGGGCGCUCAUGAUGCGAGUAUAGGACAGCACGGCGACGUCAUUGUGUGCACCGAGUCAGGUCUUGUCUACGUUGGGACAAAAAUCAAGGACACUGCCGGUCCCCGCUACAAGUAUACCGGUGUCCCGUAUCUGCAACGAUGUAUCCAAGUGUGCGCCAAUGUCAGCGGGGCUUUUGUUGCUUUGCGUGCGGAUGACCGGUUGACCAACCUCUUCUCUCAACCAAUGACAUUAAUCCAAGAUAUGCGCCAUGCUUUGCCCUUCAAAAAAGUGAACAAGCAUUUACAAGAUAUCGUUGCAGACAUCGAACGAGAGAAACAGAGAGCGCUCGCAAAGGAAAAGCAAACACUCCUAGACCCCGAAAACGAUAAUGCCACCGACGUCGUGAAAGACAUUAUUGACCACGCUCAAGCGCUGCGGAAAGAAGCGAUUGAAAAUGCUUGGAAGGAAAUCGAACGGAGGAGCAUUGCCGAUAAGAGCACGAACGUCGUAUUUACAGUGAAGGAUCGGCGCUUUUAUGGUCACGCUGCCAUCAUCGCAUCGCGAUGUGCAAGGUUUGAAGAUUUGGUGGAACGUCAAGACGAAAUCGAGCAUAUCCAAAUUGAGAAAAAGGAUCACUGGAUCCACAUCAAUGUGUCGGGAAUCCGUUCCAGCUCUUUCUACUUCUUUUUGGAAUUUCUGUAUACGAACGAUCUGAUAUCCCCACAGAGUCAAGGUUUUACAACGCCUCCGCUAUGCCAAUUAGAAAACAAUUUUGAUACGAAGACACUGGAGAAAGAAAUGUCAUUUUUGGCCUCUCUGUUUGGUGUCACUCUGGAAUACAGACCGCUGUACCACGAACCCAAUCUUGAACCUGCGCUGUCAGAGGCUUUCAGGCUUUUGCUUCAGAAUCCAAAAUACCGUGAUGUGAAAAUCCAACUUCAAGACGGGUUUUUACUGGCCGACCAAGUGAUUCUUCGGCAGCGAUGUCCUUUCUUUACAGCUUUAUUAUCAUCGGAAGCACCCUGGAGCGAGGUUCGCCGACAGCAGUUACUGACCACGACAAGCAAUGGUCCUGCGUACCUGGAAGUCGACCUUAAGCAUUUGCGAAUGGAUAUUAUGAAGGUGGUUUUACGAUUCAUCUAUACGGAAGUUGCUGAAGACGAGAUAUACCUUUAUUUACAUGAUAUGCCCUCGGAGCGCAUGUUGGAUUAUUUGUUGGACAUGUUACGUGUGGCGGACGAGCUUCUUCUACCUCGGUUGGUGUCGAUAUGCGAGACCUUCCUUCUCCAUUUCUUAAACCUACGAACCGCCAUCACACUUGUAGAAGCUACCGAUCUUUACUCGGCAGAUAGAUUGAAAGCCGUCUGCCAGCGCUAUAUCCUUUCCAAUUUACCCUAUUUCCUGUUGUCUGGCACGAUGGAUCAUUUGCGAACAACAACGAUCCAUACCUUGGAAGAACAAUUCCGAUCUUUGCAAGCGCAAGUGCACGCAACGAUCCAAAUCAACGAAUCAAUGGGUGACAGCAUAGCGGAACGGGAGGACGAUGAAUUCUCAUCUUCUCUAUUUGCGUUGUUACGAGGAGAUGCGCCUCUUCCGAAUCGGCAAUUUGAAACACUGGUAACCAUUCGUCCUGAACAUGACAAGGAACCUGGAUCUCCGACAGCCCAGUCUGCUCCAAGCAGGCGACCCUCAGUUCCCUCAGAAGCGAACGUUCGAAAGCAGCCAGCGAAAAAGAAAAAAGUACGCCUACUUACUGAAUUUUUGGAAGGAGAAAAAGCGAACAAAACUGUACCAGACGAAAAACUCGUACCUGGAUGGGCUAUUCCAUCAGAUGCAAAAACAACUGGUACGACGACUUCACUGCGUGAUAUUCUUGGAGAAAAAGGCAAAUCCACGGAUCCGACGGCAAGCAAUGUGAAGGUUUCGUCAGCGGUGCCUGCAUUGAAAAAGCUGUCACAAAAAGAGAGACGAAAACUCCAUCAAAGAGAGUUGGCAACGAAUAUGUCGACAAUGACAGAAUCGUCUAAGUCCGUCUGGGGUAAAGUGACGGUGGAAAAUCCUAUUUCAUUGGCAGACUCGUCUUCCAAACAGCCUGCACCAAUUCUCUCACCUUGCCUGCCUGAAGCCAUUCAAGUAGAUGAAGUGAAAGGAAAGGGCAAAAAAAUCUACGUAUCAAAAGAUGUGUUGGACGAAACCAUGUCAGUGCGGCCUCACAAUAUCGCUCUUGAUAUCCCGGCUCCGGCACAGAAUAUCGUCGAUAGACUAGGUUCUUCAUUUACUAUGGUGCCUAUUCGACGAGCGGGAUCAUCCAAGGGUCCAUUAUCCAACCAGAACCUGGAGCCGGCGUCACUACGAAGUAUUAUACAGCAGCAAAAAAUAGAAGAUGAUUGGAUCAAAGGGCGACGGCCGAGGAAAAGUCUCGUUCAAAUUCAGACCGAAGAGCGAGCCAAACAAGGGUUGUAUGAAUUCUAUGUGCAGACGAUCGAACUAAAAUCAGGCGAAUGGUUUGAGAUAUCCCAUAGUGAUCAAUAAAUGGAGGGAAGGUGUGAAAAUAAGCGUGGGUUCUAAGUAUACAGCUGUUCCCACGGACUUUUUUUUUUGAUUUUCAGACAAGCAGUGUCAGGUAGUACGAUUGUAUCUGUUAAAAGCGAAUCAACUUUUGGGAGAGAACAAUGAAACGAAAUUAGC